AUGUCUGACUCUACCCACUCCGGAGCAUCUCUUCCUCCGAAUCCAGCUUCUGCUGGAGCCCCAGGCUUCGAUGGCCAGGGAAAUCCCCAAGGCAACACCUCCCACAUGCCGCCUCCAGCACUCGCCCCUGUCAUUAUCCCUCAAAACAACAACCCUAUUCCAACUGCCAUCGGCUCGCCCAUGUCCGGCGGACUUACAUCGCCUACCAGCGCUGGUGGCUUUGUUCGUCGCGCCGCUCCUGAGCCAAACAAGAGGGCUUUGUAUAUUGGUGGAUUGGACUUACGUGUAACGGAAGAUGUCUUGCGUCAGAUUUUCGAGACCACUGGACAUGUCCAAAGUGUUAAGAUCAUUCCCGACAAGAACGUAAGUGAGACUCCUGCUUCGUAUCAGGCCAAAGGUUUCAAUUACGGUUUUGUCGAGUAUGACGACCCCGGUGCCGCCGACCGCGCUAUGAACACGCUCAAUGGACGACGGGUUCUCAAUAACGAAAUUCGUGUGAACUGGGCAUACCAGACCAACAAUGCACCCAAGGAGGAUACAUCGAACCACUUCCAUAUCUUUGUUGGAGACCUCUCUAACGAGGUCAAUGAUGAAGUUCUCCAGCAAGCAUUCGGAAAUUUUGGGAACGUCUCAGAGGCGCGUGUCAUGUGGGACAUGAAGACCGGACGCUCCCGUGGAUAUGGUUUCGUUGCAUUCCGUGAUCGCUCCGAUGCUGAGCGUGCACUCUCGUCUAUGGACGGAGAAUGGCUUGGGUCUCGUGCUAUUCGAUGCAACUGGGCGAAUCAGAAGGGCCAGCCUUCUAUUUCUCAGCAGCAGGCUAUGGCGCAGAUGGGCAUGACACCCACGACCCCGUAUGGCCACCACCAGUACCCCACCCAUGGCAUCCAAAGCUACGACAUGAUUGUCGCCCAGACUCCCGGAUGGCAGACUACGUGCUACGUCGGUAAUCUGACACCCUACACCUCGCAGUCUGAUUUGGUGCCUUUGUUCCAAAACUUUGGCUAUGUCGUCGAGACCCGCUUUCAGUCCGACCGCGGCUUCGCAUUCAUCAAGAUGGACAACCACGAGAAUGCCGCCAUGGCAAUCUGCAACUUGAGUGGCUACAAUGUCAACGGCCGUCCUCUUAAGUGCAGCUGGGGAAAAGAUCGUCCACCGACAGGGCAAUUCGAUGGGGGUGCCUAUUCUCCGGCGCAGGGUCCCAGCUCCGCAUAUCCUCCUACCCCUAAUGCAUAUUUUCCUCAAUACGGUGGUCCAGGUGGCCCAAUGUCUCCUCAAUCUGGACCUAGUCCAGGUGGACAACCAAACUAUCAGGCCCAACAAGGCUUCGGAGGCCCAGGUAUGGCCCAACCCUAUCAGCAAAUGCCACAGAAUCAACCUGGAUACGGGCGCGGAGGUGGUGGCCAACCCCAGGGUCAAUGGCCUCAACAAAGCCCCGGAGGUUACGGCCAGGUGAACAAUGGCUUUGGUGGCUACCAAGGCUAA